UUGGACGUUCCUCGCUGGGCUGAUCCGAGAAUAGAAGCGCAGCUUCGCUGUCACUACACCAAGCAGCCUAUGGACCCCGCGUUGCAUUCAGUGAAAUGGUAUAAAGGGAGCCAUGAAAUCUUCAGAUACACACCGCAAGAGUUCGAGACGAGAAUCUUCAACGACAGUGGGAUAUUUAUAACAAACAGUUCUUGCGAUCUGUCGUCUUGUAUCAUCACUUUGAAGCCUGAACCCGGCACAGCAAAGUACACUUGCGAGGUCUCCAGUGAAGGCCCUCGCUUUGCACUAGCGAGAAAAUCUGCCAAUAUGACGUUAGCAGUAUUACCGGAGUAUGAACCGUUGAUUACUGGUCUGCCAACGUUCGUGAACGCUGGUGAACAGGCGUUAGUCAACUGCACGUCAGACUACUCCCUCCCAGCAGCUAUCAUAGACUGGUUUGUGGAUUCCGAACCUCAGGAGGAUCCAGUUAUAACUGGUGUAACCCACGUCUCUGGUGCUGAUGGUGACGGUCUGCGUGCAUCGUGGCGGACUCUGCACGUUUUCCCUGACGACUACGCUACACACCGUGGCUAUCUAGCUCUUCAAUGUCGAGCCACACUUCCUACUAGACCGCCACACAUCCGAAGCAUGGCAGUCAGGCUGUUCGUCGCUAGCAGACCACACAUAUCGUCUUAUAUGUUAAGUAAAAAUAUGCCUCGUACUUGUUUUUCUGAAAUCUAUUAUAUUUCAUAA